GCUGGCUCAGUGUCGGGCUGAAUGGGAGCCAGCCCUGGGAAAGGGGAAGGGCUUUACGUCAGUGGACAAAAACAGCUGCCUUCGUGUGGAGUGGAAAACAGACCCUUAGAGUUAGAGAGCGAGGGAGAGAGGGAGUCGGAGAGAGAAGGAGAGAGGGAGAAGAGUCAGAGAGGGGUGACCCAUGGGGUGUGCCCUGAGCGCAGGCCGCAGGGGGGCCGAACGUGGUUCCGCCGCAGCAGAGAAGCCGAAAAUGGGCUGUGGAGAGAAAAAGCAGGAGAAGACACGGACGAGCAAGCUGGGGAAGGGGGAGGCCCAUGCGUUCAAGGAGAAGAUCUUCAGGAAGAAGCGUCAGUGUGGAGUUUGCAAUCUGAACAUUGACAACUUGGGUUCCUUCUGUCGAGUGUGUAAGAUGGCAACCCACAAGAAAUGUGAAAUCAAGGUGACGACUGCAUGCAUCCCUGCUCCCCUCUCUGACCUGCAGCGGCGAAGCACCGAUCCCUCCAGAUACAUCCAGCAUCUGGGAUCCUCCCGGUCUCUGCCACACACCAAACAAAGGAACACCUUGCCCAGGAGCUUCAGUGUGGACCGGGUGAUGGAGCGAGUGAUGGAGAGGAGCUAUGACUUUGACCUGACCUACAUCACCGAGAGGAUCAUCUCCGUCUUCUUCCCCCCGCUGCUGGAGGAGCAGCGUUACCGUGCCAACCUGCAGGAAGUGGCUUCCAUGCUCAAAUCCAAACACCAAGACAACUUCCUGCUGUUCAAACUGUCUGAAAAGAGGCAUGACAUCACACGGAUCAGUCCUAAGGUCCAGGAUUUUGGCUGGCCUGACCUUCAUGCUCCUCCAUUGGACAAAAUCUGUGCCAUGUGCAAGGCCAUGGAGGGGUGGCUGACCUCCGACCUCCAACAUGUGGUCGUCCUGCUCUGCAAGGGGAAUAAGGGCAAGACAGGAGUCAUCGUCGCUGCCUACAUGCACUACAGCAAGAUCUCUGCAGGGGCUGAUCAGGCACUCAGCACACUGGCAAUGAGGAAGUUUUGUGAGGACAAGGUGUCCACAUCCCUGCAGCCCUCCCAGAACAGGUAUAUCUUCUAUUUUGCUGGGCUCCUCUCCGGGGGGAUAAAGAUGAACAGCAGUCCCCUCUUCCUCCACCAAGUGCUCAUCCCCUCUCUGCCUUCCUUCCAGGCUGAGGGAGGGUACUUCCCCUUCCUGAAGAUCUAUCAGUCCAUGCAGUUGGUCUACACCUCUGGUGUUUAUGACCUGCAGGGUUCCGGAGGCAGGAGGAUAUGCGUUACAAUCGAGCCCGCAUUGCUGCUGAAGGGUGAUAUAAUGGUGAAGUGCUAUCAUCGCAAAGCUCACAUGGCAGAGCGAGAGACCGUGUUCCAGCUGCAGUUCCACACCUGCACCGUGCAUGGAGCCCAGCUGUGGUUCGGGAAGGAAGAGCUGGACGUGGCGUGCUCCGAUGACCGGUUCUCUUCUGACGCCACUGUGGAGUUUGUGUUCUCCUCUGGACCAGAGAAGAUCAAAGGAUGGGAGUGUCAGAGGAACCACCCUGCAGUCACGGUGGACUACAACACCACGGACCCUGUGGUGCACUGGGACUCCUACGAAAACUUCAACCUGCAGCACCAGGACAGUCUGGAAGACAUCAUGCACACGCGCGGGCCCCUGGACGGCAGCCUUUAUGCCCAGGUGAAGAAGAGACGGGGCCCAGGCUCCUCCAACGGUGGCCCUGCAGACUCCCCUAGUGGGCCCCCGUCCCCCUGCCACGCCCCUGCCGAGCCCCCGGAGGAGGUCCGGCGCCUGCCGCCCCCCACCCGGCAGGAGAGGGAGGAGCUGGACCGGCUGCUGGGCGGGAUGGAGGGCAGGAGGGCGAGAGGUGGGGAGAGGGAGACGGCCAUCUUGGAUGAGGGUGACCCCACGCCCUCACUCGGGCGGACCUGCUCCUGCAGGCGUGGGGGCGAGAGCCCCACCUUCCUGCCCAACGGAUACUACCCCAACAACCACCCGGCCUCGUCUGCUGGCCCUCCCACUCCCCUUCUGGACCCGUCCCAGCAGCUCCAUCUGGGCCGGCCUGCGCCGGACGUGGUGUGGGAGCGGCAGCAGCAGGCCCUGCCCGCCCGCCUGCAGCGGUCCUGUUCCGAGGGGCCGUCCCGCCACCUGCUCUCUUACCCCGGCCAGGACCUGCCCCUGCCCCCCCACAUCCACACCCUGCCACCUCCCCGCCUGCUCUACAAGGGGGACGACUACCUGCACCAUCACUACCCCCGGCCACACCGGUCCCAGCCCUCCAGUCCCUACCGCGAAGUGAUGCUGCUGGAUGCCCCGCCGCCCCCUGGCUGCCCGUGCCGGGACUGCAGCUGCCGGCGGGAGGAGUCUGCAGCCAAAGCUCUCCACGCCCUGCGGCUGGACCAGGGGGAGGGGCCCCUCUGGGGCCGCGAUGCGGAGCUGCACUGGGACCGGGAGCCGGGGCUGCGCCGGGGCAGGGAGAUGGCACUGCAGUGGGAGAGGGACAGAGAGGCGGAGAUGCACUGGGAGAGGGAGGCCGAGUUCUGGCACCGGAGGUCCACAGCCACCCCGUACGGCCCCCACAGUAUCAAUCCAGUGCAUUUCGCCUUCGACCCCCUGCCCUCAGGCCACCCUGCGUACCCCGACCCCUCCCACACGCACUCGUACUCCCACCCCCACUCGCACACGGACCUGAAAUACAGCAGCUACCACACCCCCGCUGCCAUCUACCCCUGCGCCCCAUAUCAGCCCUCCCCCUCUGAAAGCCGGGGGUACGCCUCGGGGUAUCAAUCCGAGUCCACCUCUCCCCUGCCCCCCCACGGACACAGUUCCACCACCUCCCUUCAGGACACCACUUCACCCGAUGACCCGGCUCUUCCAAGAGGUUCCUCUAAACCCCCCAAAUCCCAGCCAGAUUGCCAGACUGAAGGUUCCAGAGAUGUGGGGGACAACAUGGCUUGGCAAGACAGCAAUUCCCAGAAUUCACUGAGCCAAGAUGUGAGGGUCACGCCCUCUGACUGCUCGGGGUCACCCACCCCUGUUCACACCAGCAGUCCCCUGCUCAGCUCUAGCUCAGCAGACACAGAACUGUAUGGGAGAGAUGUUGGUACUGUCCCAGGCAGUGGCCCCCAGAUGGGCCCCCAGGACUCUGAUAGGUCAUCCCCGGGGCCCCAGCAGGAUCAGUCUGAUGGGAAAGACCCCACCCACCUGAACUUGCACACCCCGCCCACCCCGCCCACAUCCCCAGACCACACAGCGGCCGAACACACACACACACCAGUCGCUACACCGGGCCCAGAGCCCACAGAGAGCCCUGCAGUGUCCAUCCCCUCCCACACAGACACAGAAAGUGCCCUGCCCCCUGCUCCCAACCCCCAGCCCGCCUCUCUGGGUCCAGGAUCCACGCUCAACUCCUCCACCCCUCCUCAGGAGAGAAGUCUGGAGUCCCUCAAUACAGGCUCCACCCCUAGUCCAAGCCCUGCCCCCAGUUCCACCGCGUCGUCCCCCCGGCCCCCCCCCGCCAGCCCGGAGCCCCCCCCGUCCUCUGACCCCACUGUCCCUGGCUUCGGCACAGUGGGGCGGAGACUCGGGGUGGAACACCUGCAACCCCACCCUGGCAUCCAUGGCAACGGCGGGACUCUCAAACCCCCGUCCCCUGUCCCAGAGGGCCACUCCACCCCAACCUUCCCCCUGUCCCCUAACUACUACCUGCUGAACGCCCCGCCCGUCCCCUACACAGGGUACACGGCCGUCACCAUCCCCUCCUGCCCCGCCCAGCCCCCGCUCCCAGAGAAGCGCCGCUCCACGGCCCCCCACGGGCCAGCAGCAGGGAGGGGCUCUGCCCUGAGGGUGUCCUCCUACCUACACCCAGUCCCCAAACCCCCAGGCCACUCCGCACCCCACCACGUCAGCUUCUGCCCCCCCAUGGGGGAGGUACUGCCCCACAUCGAGCUCCACGGCCCGGCCGAGGAGGCAGAACCCCGGGUCAGUCCUAAGUUUGUUCAGGACAGUUCACGGUUUUGGUACAAGCCCGCCAUCUCCAGAGACCAAGCCAUCGCUGUGCUGAAGGACAGGGAACCGGGAGCCUUCCUGAUCCGCGACAGCAACUCCUUCCAAGGAGCCUAUGGCCUGGCACUGAAGGUGGCCAUGCCUCCUGCCAGCAGCAGCAGAGCAGCCAGGCUCUCUCACUGCCCCCCAGCAGCAGGAGACCCCCAGGAGCAGCUUGUCCGCCACUUCCUGAUCGAGAGGGGCCCCCGGGGCGUGAAGAUCAAGGGCUGUCAGAACGAGCCCUAUUUUGGGAGCCUAUCGGCCCUUGUGUACCAGCACUCCAUUACCCACAUCUCCCUGCCCUGUGUUCUGCUCAUUCCAGACAAAGAUCCAGUUGGAGAGCUCCAGGAAGCUCAGACAGCAGGGAGCACGAGCACCGCAGCAGACCUGCUGAGACAGGGUGCAGCCUGCAAUGUCCUGUACCUGAACUCUGUGGAAACAGAGUCCCUUACGGGACCCCAGGCAGUCUCAAAGGCCACUAACACCACACUGUCCAGAAGCCCCCACCCCCCUGCCACUCUGGUGCACUUCAAGGUGUCUGCCCAGGGCAUCACUCUCACGGACAAUCAGCGCAGGGUGUUCUUCAGAAGGCACUACCCUCUUAACACUGUGACCUACAGCAGCGUGGACCCCCAGGACAGGAGGUGGACUAACUCUGACAGCACAGCCUGCAAGAUGUUUGGCUUUGUGGCAAAGAAGACAGGCAGUGCGUCGGAGAACGUCUGCCACCUGUUCGCUGAGAUGGACCCUGAGCAGCCCGCCACCGCCAUCGUUAACUUCAUCAACAAGGUGAUGCUGGGGCCGUCCCGGAAAUGAGGGGCCCCGGGCCCUAGGAGCUUCAGUGCGAUAUGUUGUGGACUCUACUGUUUGUUUGAAAAAAUAUGCUUCAGGUGCCUUUCAGAAGGAAGAAGCAAUCAGAGUGAUUGUGAAAUGCAAGGUUUUCAUGAAGAAUGUAUUUUUGCUUUGUCUGUUUUUUUGUGGUGAGUGGAUUAGGGUUAAUCCUUAGACACCCAUAGUUACUCAUGCAGUACAGUAAAUACUUGUCAUUACUGCCUUAUCACCACAAAGACCUCCACGGAAUGACUGACACAGAGGAACAACAGAGAACAGCUCUCAUUCAUGAAACCUGAUGAUGUUCAAACAAAUUUCAGGCUACUGCAAUAUCGCCCUGGAAAAUGCUAAUACACACGUCUGUCCCCCUUACAAACAUGCUCAGCCUAAUUUUUGUUCUUGGACACACACUGAACACUACAGCAAUACUGCUAACUCAUCAGGUGGGCCAGCUCUCCAGCUGAGGUGGUAAGAUGGCAGAUUUCCCAAAGAGUCAAUGUAUGUGAAUAAGUGUUGCAAGCAAGUAACUUGUAUGGAGGCAGUGUAUGGGGGGGGUUACUUGAGAAAGAUGCAUUGGUAGGUUGGGUUACAGGCACCGGCUAAAGCAUGAUUUAUACUUCUGCAUUGAAUCUAUGCAGACGAUAUAAAGUAGCCUACGCAUAGCCGCAUUCCCUACCCAUAGCCUACGGUGUAGCCUGACGUGCACCUCCCCAGAAAUUUAACUGCGUUGGGAACGCAGCUAUGUGUAGGCUACGCCAUAGCCUCUGUGUAGAUUCAACGCAGAAGUAUAAAUCAGGCUUAAGUGGUCUGAAAAUGAGGGCAAGUAGCAGCACAGCUGGACGUGGAUAUGAUAUGGAACAGCAAAAAAAAAAGUUGCCUUUUACAAGUUUUUAUGGUCCGUAACUAAUGACCCGGUUUGGAAAUCCUCAGUAUAAUGGGGAAUGGGAAGAGUGAACAGGAGUUCAUUUUGAGUGUGGAGGUCUGUACUUGCUGUCUAGCUUGUAGUGAUUUCACACUUUGGGUCGGAUAGCUAUAGUAUCAGAACACUUGAUAGUGCUGCUGGGUGGCUCACCUUGUUAAGGCACUGUUCUAAUUUAGUGCCUGGACUGGCCGCACGGUCUGGUUUCUAAUCUGGAUUUACUGUGACCAGCAGCCCCACAGUGUGGCACCCAGGGAUGAUUGCCUCUAUUCAUGCAUCAGUGACCCAUGCUAGUUUAUUGGGCUCCCGCAAGUCCCUUGCAGCACAUUAAGUGUAUUCCUAUGACUCAAUCUGUAUUUACAAACUGUGUGUGUAAUAAGAAGCAGUGGCUGACACCAUUCACUUCAGAGCACAUCGAUGCUUGUCUGCACUCUCUCAAAUGUACAGCAGAGGUUGUGGCAAUGUGUGGUUAUUCAAUUGGGCAUUACAAAUUGGGAGAGGAACGGGUUUGCCUAGUGAACAUUACCAUUUUAUCCCAUGUCUGGCAAAGGUAAUUUUCUUCAUGUUUCAGAGGAGGGAAGAGUUCCAGUAUCCUCAAAAUAACCAUUAACAUUAAGGCCUGUGUUCAGAAAACACCUCUGGGUAGGAGUGCUGAUCUAGGAUCUGGAUUCCUUUCUCCACAUCUGACCCUUAUCCAUUCGAACCGAAAAGCUAAAUUAACUUGUGAAUACAGGCCUCAGACUUACAUUUAAGACAAGGUGAAAUGAAGUCAUUCUACCAGCUGCCAAAGCUCCUACAGUAUGAAGCCAAAGACAGUACUUAGUACACAACACUUUUUAUAUUAUAAAAACUAUAGUAAUCAUGCUUUUGUCGUUUCAUGUAUUUCUAUUUAGUGUCGUUUUGUCUUUUUUUUUAAGAUGAGAAAAAGACACCAAGUUGAGAAAGUCAAUGGGUUUUAAUAUAUUGUUUUUUUUUUUAUAUAUGAAUGAAUCUUUGUAUGUAGUAAUAUAUUUUCUCACCUGGAUAUUAAAAGAAAGGAAUUUAUAUUACCCUAUUUUUAUCAAUGUGAAUGUAUGCAGAGAAUCAAAAUAUAAAUAAAAAUGUAAAGUUGUGGGACUGA